AUGUUGGGCUCGGGAGAGCUGGAUUUUCAGCUAUUCGUUUCACAAUCGGGACGAAUUAAACAGAAUCUCUUGGUUUUAAUAACUGUGUCAGUCAUUGUAGUUUGCGAGGUAUUUAUUUUCUUGUUGGAAACUAUCUCGACAUGGAGAAGCAUUCGUAAAAAGACCAACAAAUCGAGAUCAAAACUAAGCGCUUGGCAAAUUUGGAAGAAAAUUUCUCUCUUGAAAAAGUGUUUUAUUUGCUGCAACUUUUUCCUGAUAUUCGACUGCACGUUACUUAUUUUGCAACAAGUUGUCCCCCUCAUAUACACCGAUCUUUUAUGCACGAUCGCUCAUCGGGUACUUGGUCCAACCCUAAUUACAAGUUGCACAAGCUUUGUUUACUGUUUCCUCUGGGUGCGACAGUAUGGCCUUCAAAACAAGCCACUGCUAAAAAGUGCUUUGCCACCAUGGCUGCCAAAACUAAGCAUUGUGACGCUCACGAUCACUGUACUGUGCCUGUUGUUUCCCAUAUUCCUAGCUUGGGUUCCGCUUAGUUCUGGAUAUCCUGUUGUGGUUUGUUACUAUAGCAACAGCUCAUGUUAUCAAAUACCCUCCCAAGUAAAGAGUCCGGUGUUGCUUGUGUUUCCGACUUUCAUUCCAACGGUUUACAUUUUCCUCUUCUACAAGAUAUCCAGCUAUCACAAAAAGGCUUCGGCAUCAAUACAAGCAUCUAGUAAAAGCUUGGAUAGCAUGCUACAGCGGUGCUUAAUAGUCUCGUCAAUCUGCAUUUUUACAAGCAUUAUAUGUAAUGUUGGCAUUAUGUUCAGUACCAAUCAUGUACCCAUUGAAAUUACACAGCUUUUCGCGCGUAUCGAUUCCUUUGUCAACCUUGCUUGUCUUCUCUUCUGCUUCAAAACGAACUCCUUACAAGCUAUCUACUCUACUAUGCGACAAAAACAAUUCUCGACAAAGGUGAUCCGAAUUGGGAACAACGUAUCUAAAAAAGGCGUCUUUACCACAAUUUCAGAAACAACCGCUGCUUAACAGUGUAUUUCAUGUCAGUGAAGUACUAUUAAUACAAAAUUAAUGCUCAUAUGCUCAUAAUAAAAUAUUCAUCCAUGUAUGUUCUUUUUAUUAUUUAUUCUUUAUGGAUGAAGUCCUUGUCAAAAGGACAUGGGAAUUAGGCCAGGUUUGGCCCAUUACCCAAGCACCCGGAAAGCCCGUGUAAGUCCUUUGUGCGACUAUAAGUUCCGCGACACACUGCAUUGCACUUGGACGCGUAUAUUUUGCACGUUUUUUUUAACUUCAUGUGCUUACGAGUUACCACACUUUUCAACUUUGUGUAUGAUUUUUGUUUUUGAUAUGGCUUAUAUUAAUGUGCAGGCGCCUAAACCACUGAGCCACGGCCCUGGACAAUCCAUGUAUGUUGAUUGUUAUUCUAAAAAUUGUAAUCGAAGGAAUAAAAUAAAUGUACAACGAUAAGCGCCCUUUUUACAACUAUCCAAUCUAAAUAUGUUUUCAAUCGUAAGCGUUUCAUUCAUUGCUAUAUUUCUUUGUUUUCUUUAUUUGGUCUUUCAAUAUAUGUUAGCAAUGUAACACGAUCCUUGAGAAGAUAAGAAGUUCAUGGUUUUAAAGUCGCGUAUUUACCAACUAAUUAAAAAUUACUUUCGAUAGUUUUGAACGUAAGCAAUAUUCUCAAACGUGUAUUAAAUAAAACUAAUAAUCGCAA